AUGAGUAGCCCGGCCGACCCAAAAAAAAAACUAUUACCACGACCACUCGAGGAAUUCGCCUCCUGCUUGUCCGAGCUGAGGCAUUGCGUUAUGGACCAUUAUUCUAGCACCGUUUCUGCCUCCCCAUCCUCUGCUAGGUACGGUGCCGGGUCUGACGUUUCCUUCGACUCGGACUAUAACUCGGAUCAAGCCGACGCAUUUCAAGAUCAACAAAGCCUACCAGACAGCCAUAUUGGCGAAACCGCCAGCGAGAGCGAAAGCGAAGGCGGGCUCUUUGUCGAACAAGACCGCAGUUCUCCUGCUUCCAUCAUUACACUUUCCGCUUCUGAGCCAGGAAGCGAUCAUAGUCGUCUGGGCUACGGUUUGCCUGAGCCAGAUUUAGGACCCGGCUUAGUAAACGGGCUGUAUCUGGGCAACGACCCCGACGAGUUCGAUCACGACUACGACCUAGAGUCCGAACUCGAGAGGGAGCUCGUGAGGGGCAAUAUUGAUAUCAUCAGUAGCGACAGCGAGGGAACUGUUGGCCAGGAGCCGCACGGUUCCCCAUCACCAGAUCCGCUACAUAUCGGGGCACACCAAUAUCGCCUUCUCGUUCACGACGAUUACCCACAGCCAGGAUCAGACGACUCUGGGGAAUCCGAAGAUCUAGACUUUGACAAUUACGACUUCGACGACGAGCUUGACAACGAUCAUCUAUUUGGCGACGCCUUUGGGGAAUCUGAAGAGGAGGACUUUGGGGAAGGAGCAGGCGACGCCGAGUUCCUAGGUUUGCCUGAACCUGUGCCACAUCACCACCACCAUCAUCAUCAACACCACCACCAUUUCCAUCACCCCAGACUUGCUGCAGUUCACCCGGACAGGCAUUCACCCAUUGUUCUAGGUAUCAAUCCGUUGCAACACUUGGUACCUAACUUUCUCCCCCCACAUCUGCACGAGCACUUGCGCCGAGCAAGUUCCUCACCUGCAUUAUCCCCCAACCGUGUACCCAGGAUGGAGGCUAGGAACCAACAAAGAGAUGAGCUGGUUGGUGUCGAGUUGGGCCGAGGUCGUGGGAAUUCAGCCCAGAACAAUAACGUCAUUGAUUUAACACUCGAUGAUGAGGAUGUAGAGAUUGUCAACGGAUCCCAAAACGCCCGGAGGCAACAAUCACAACGUCGGGAUAAUGCCCCGCGUCUCAAUCGAAGCGACGGUAGCUACGUGGGCAACCGAAACGUCAUUGAGCUUAGCUCCGAUUCUGAAGACGAUGUGCAGAUUCACCGCGUCAACGCUGUAGAAUUACAACCCGCAGCAGCUGCUGCCGCAGCAAACCAUCAUAGGCAUCAUCAUCACCACGUUUACCACCACCACGCAGCUGCCCAUCAUCAUCAUCGUGCUGCUGCUGCCGCCAUGGAGCGUGCUGCCGCCAUGAACCAGAGACAGCAACGGCGUAUGCCUGCCGCCAACAAUGUUCGAGCCGAUGACAAUAGCAAUCGUGGCUUCUUUAACAUGGCCAUGAAUGGAAUUAGGGGUGUAUUCGGCGUCGGCGUCGGCAACCGCCGCGGUGACGAUGGAGAUGUUGUCAUGCUAGGUGCAGGGCCAGCCGCCAUUUUACCAAUACCCAAUAUGCCUAAUUUUGGCCACAUCCAACUUGACUAUGGAGCGCACCCAUUCCGGCCCCCACAACCAGCUCCUGGUCCCCAAAAGCCCCCCCAUGAAGCUCCUCCAAAAGCCCGCGAAGGGUUCACCAGAGACACCGAAGGCAAUAGUCCCGUUGUAUGUCCAAGUUGCGACGAGGAAUUGGCAUUCGACCCCGAUGACGGGGAUGAGAACGGGCCACCUGCAAAGAAAGCAAGAACGAAAAAGGACAAGGCCGAACACCACUUUUGGGCUGUCAAGGAGUGUGGCCACGUCUUCUGCAAGAAAUGCUAUGAGAAUCGCAAACCUACAAUCAGGAAUCCCGUCAAAGUUGGCUUCAAGACCUCUCCCCAAAACAACAAGAAGAUUUUGUGUGCCGUGGAUGACUGUAACUCCGACGUCUCCAGCAAGACCGCCUGGGUUGGGAUCUUUUUAUGA